GAGUUAGCUACCCGUUAGCUCACUGCCGCUGUGGUAAACUGGUUAUCUGUCAGCUAGCUGCUAGUAGCAGCUGCCAGAAGUGAACUGUCCGCACGGUGAGAGGCAAAACUUGGCCGACUUUAAGACAUUUCCUCUGUCUACCGCUGGAUUAUACACUGAUUUUUAAUCGCCGAAGGAGUUGUUUACAUCAUGAAGUCGCACAUGCUGGUACAGAGGUAGGGAAAACUAGCUAACAUCAGCUAACUUAGCUAGUCGGCGAGAAAUACAUAUAUAGCAGAGAGAGAGGAGUGGGCUGGGAGACUGGGCCCGCUUCGACUAAAGUACCGGUGGCAACUGCUGAGCAAGAAGUUUGACAAGGGCCUAUUUGCUACUCCGCUCCCGGGACACAAGAAAGGCCGACCGGGUGUUCAAAGAGGCCGGAGGAGGAGAGCAGCAGUUACCCGUGGGCUGUGACCGGAGACCGGGGAACGCUUCGGGAUUUUAGGAGGGUUUGGCCUCGGAUGUGACAGUUUUCUCCGACAAGAGAGAGGAAGAGGAACGGUAUGGAAAUGAACUGUGACGGUACGUGUCUGUGUCAUAUCCCUCAGCUGUGAAUUACUUCGCAAGACAUUAGUCUAGCACUUAGUUUCAUCUGGGAGCACACAGACUUGACGCAGAAAGUCAACAUGUCGAAAAUGCCAGCAAAGAAGAAAAGUUGUUUCCAGAUAACGAGUGUAACGCAGGCUCAGGUGGCGGCCAGCAGCAUCACCGACGACACCGAGAGCCUGGACGAUCCGGACGAGUCCCGGACAGAGGACGUGUCGUCGGAAAUAUUUGACGUUUCUCGGGCCGACUUGGGGGUGUGUGACAGGAGUUCAUCCGAGGAAACCUUAAACAAUGUAGGGGAGUCUCAGGAGGGCCAGCCGCCCACCGCGGGUCCUGUCAACGGGGGACUUUCUUAUAAAAGUUUAGGCACUGGUCGGGUCACCCCACAUAGUUCAGGAGGAAGUGUGCCUGUGUCAGCUGCAGCGCAACCCUUUGUUCCGAGCUCAGUCAUCAGUACGGUCCCUGCCGCCACUGUCUCUACCAGCGUGGCUCACACAGCUCCUGUUAGCACCAGCUGUAGUUCUCGUUUCAGGGUCAUUAAACUUGACCAUGGUACUGGAGAGCCCUUCAGACGGGGCAGGUGGACAUGCACUGAGUUCUAUGAGAGAGAUUCAGAUUCAAAUGUUAAUCGGACUGUGGACAGUAUAAGGCCAACUGUAACCCUUGAUCACAGUAUAGACCGGGACAGUGGGCUAGGGACCACUGGUAACUCUGUGGUCACUAGCAGUGCUUUUUCUGCACAGGCUUCGGAGAACACAGCGGAUAGUGGCUACUCUGUUGGGCACCCCACCCAUCCCCACCCUUCAGAGCUUCAGCAGCAAGGCUACAGCUUGGCUCCUCAGAUAGGGAGUGGAGCAAGUGCCUUUCAGCCCACAGGGUACACAACUACAGCGUCACAGCAACCACAACAGGCUCAGGUCAAUAUGCAGCCCGUUGCUACCCAAAACUUCCUCUCUAACAGCCUCAAUGGUGUGCACCAAGGUGCCAUGCAGCAGAAGUCUCCCAUUAUGCCUCCUGCCUAUUCUACCCAUCCCUCUGGCAUCUCAGCCAGCCAGCCGGACUAUCGUCAGCAGCACUUUGGCUCAAGCACUCAGAACCUUCCUAUGACAACUCCUCUUGUGGUGCCUCCAACCAGCCAGAUACCCUCAUCUCUAAUCACCCCCGGAGUCCAGGGACUGGGCAGAGAGGCAGCCUCAGCCCAGGGCCUCUUGCUACAAGUGAGCAAUGCACCAGCCAUGGCCCCCAUCCAUCCAGGAAGUGGCCAACAGCAGUCAGUCAGUCAGACUCAGCCUUCAGGAGGGUUAGGCAUUGCCCCUGCACCUUCCGUUACCACCACCACCUCCCACAGCGGUGUUCAGAACGUGCCUGCCACAGUGCCCAGUACCACAAACACCCCUCCGGGUGUGCCAAGUCAGGCGCCUGGCACAGGAGGACUUGUCCAUCCCCAGGGAGCCCAUGGAGGAGGCACAACAGGUCUUCCCUCUGGCUUCAGUAACCAGGCAGAAGAUAGUAGGCAGAAGUCUGAUGCCCUACCUCAGCCCAGUGCCGGUGUGGUGCCAGGGAAAGAUGGUGCAAAGCCUUUCAUCGGUGAGGGCCUCAGCCUGCCCCCUCCUGCUGUCAACAGUCUUUUUGGUAUCCAUAUUAGCAUGGAUGUGGAUGACGACAGGAACCCAUCCACUGCUUUCUACCAGGCUUUCCGGCCUAGCAGAUUACGAGGGUCAAAGCCCGUCAACGAUAGUGCAUCUGGUGCCAGUGUCGUCGCCAUCGAUAACAAGAUUGAGCAAGCAAUGGACUUGGUGAAGAGCCACCUGAUGUAUGCCGUUCGUGAGGAGGUGGAGGUGUUGAAGGAGCAGAUCAAGGAGCUGUACGAGAGAAACUCUGUGUUGGAGCGCGAGAACGCCGUGCUGAAGUCGCUGGCCAACUCGGAGCAGCUCAACCAGCUGUCCAGUCAGCUCAGCCAAGGCAGCAGCACAUCGCCUCUGCUGCAGCAGCAGCAGCAGCAGCACCCGCUCGUCACAAACAACAACACCCCCUUAGUUCACCACGAGGGGAGUCAGAGCGUCCCUCAUCAGCCCAACAUCACCUCGGCGUGAUCCCCCUUCCCCCAGUACACACGCUUAAAACACACACCUCCCACGGACAGGAGUGGAAGAUCCUGUUAGUAAAAGACAACAACUACUACCGUCCCCUUAGCUCCAUAAAGCAAAAGGCUCGUCUCUGCGUUCAGUGUGUUCCAUUUGAGGAAAAUUCAACAACAGCAACAUCUUUGUUUGCCACCAAGAGCCAUGCUUCAGUGUGUGCACGCUGCCAUCACCGGGCCUUCACAUUAUUAAGACAUUUACCACCCCAAGAAAAGUCUUAUUCUGGCCCUCUGUGUUUGGCUGCUGGAAAGCUGGAAAAGAAGGAAAAAGGAAGGAGGGGCGGGGGAGCUGGUGCGCACCAUAAAACUGCAUGCUGUUCUCGUGCAGGAGACGGGGGUCAAGGGGCACAGAGAGCUCGAUUUGUUGGGGCAACAAGUGAUGAAAGAGGACAGCGCCCAUGCAAGUGGCCAGUGUGUUGACAAGGGUCCUGUAAAACAUCCAGCAGGGACUGUCCUCCCAGUAUCUCUACCCCACAUCACUCCAAUGCUGGAAGACACCAGAGAACCAAUGGAGAAGUUGGGGGAGAGGAUUCGUCCUCCCAGAGCGGAGGAGGACGCCGGCGGGCGUCUUGGCUUCUAGUCGAGAGCCUCAGCUUGUUAUAUGCUGCAACAAAAGCUUGUGUUGUUUUCUCAGAGCCACCGUUCUUUGACAUGAAUCAUAAUACUUUUUCAUUAGUUCAGUUUUAGUAUUUGCAUUUAUUUAUUUCAGGGCUGCUAUUUUCGUAAUGUAAAUGAACAAUGUCAUGGAGAUACUUAUUAAAAACAAAAAAGAAACCGUUCUCUUUGGUCUUUUGGUAUUUUAGAAUCUGUCAGGUAUUGAAUUUGGUAGACUCUUGCAACAAGUAGAUCUCAAUAAGUAGGCAAUAAGUUCCAUAAUAGAAAUUUUUCUUCUCAUGAAAUAGUGCUAACACUAAAGCCGAGCUUGCAUUAGGUGAAAUCCAGGUUGAAUGUAUAUUUUGUAAAGUGUAAAGUAUUAAGAGCGAGGAGGGUUUGUACAGGAAAACACCUGUUAUGAAAUAUAUGAUGGGAUGUUUCGAUAAAGAAAACUAUAAAUUAACUUUUUCUUUCUUUGUCAAAACAAAAAAAAAAAAGGAAAUGAAUUAAGGGGUUUGGUUGGGGGGAUGAUAAGCUGUGAAAAUUGUUCAACCUACUUUAUAACCAAAGACGCAAAGCUGUGUAAGUCUGUUCUUUUUUCCCCCCAUUUUUAAAUGCAGUUAUAUUUUUUUCUGCUCUCUCCAUCCCUAUAUUUUGUUGCUGUUUUGCAUGUUCUGCAUGGUCUAUAAUCAAACCACUUUCUUACCUCAUGUUUUUAUCCAGCACUCUUAUUUUUCUGUCAAGCUGUAAGUCUGUGAAUGAUUGUGAGAGGAUUUAUGAAAGAGAAAGGGAACAAUGGGCAGAGAGGGUGGAGUAAGUAGUCAUGGGUAAGAAUUGGAAAAAAAAAAAAAAGAGAGUGGAAAGGUGUAUGUAUUGGAUGGAGGGAAGGGCCUUGUGCACAAAACAGUCAGAAAAGGAGCCAUCUUUUGUUUUCAUGUUUUGAAUUUCGUAUGCAAAGAAAAGGUUUUGUUACAUUGCAAAUUUUAAUGUAUUUAAUGAAUGCAGCAUUUAGAUUUUGAUUGUAGUCUACCAACACUUUGCUUACAAAGAAAAAACAACUAGACAAGAAUAUCCACAAAAUGAAACAAUGGAAACUAUUAAACAUUUCACACUUUAAAGCUGGAACCCAGUCGAUUGUGUAUGAGCAUAUUAUGGGAUGUCCUGUCUGUGUCACGUCUUUGUGCCUCCUGUACCGUCGUCUGCUGUCGUCAGGCGAUCCGGUUUCUUUCUCUGUGGCUUAGAACCAAACCAAAAUGCUUGGUAAUUGUACAAUCAGUCAUCUUUCUACAGGAUGGACUCUUCGAUUUCCUUUUUGUUUGCAAAUGGGCUUAUUUCUUCUCUCUAUAGAGUUGUUUUGUUUUUUUUUUCUUUCUGUUUUGAAGGAGAUGCCGCGUACAUGCCCAAGUGUACUGUAUGAAAGUGAUCACUGAGCCUUGGAGAAAAUAUCUUGUAAUGCCCUUGUAAUGUGCUGUUCAGACAAUUUUAGUUUUCAGUCAGAAAUAAAUUACUGUUUUAUUAAGA